AUGCGCUGUGGCACCUGCGGGCCAGAGGCCCAGGGAGGUUGCACCGCCGCCAAAGGGCCACUCCUACGACCUCAUCAUCCACCUAGACAUCCUGGAGGACUAGAGUCCGCAAGGACACGCACCCCAAGCACGGCACAGAGUGGGGCUCCGUCCUCUGUCUCAUCGGAGGAGGAGUACCCUAGGAUCCUAAACUUCGACGACUGGAAGCCGAGCGUGCUCGACGGCUACCGCGCGCCGCCGCCGGCCAGCGCCUGCCGCCCACCGCCAAGGGCCGCUCCGAGGAACGAUGAAGAUGACGGCGACGAUGAGGGCGGCUCGCGGCGUUCGCCAAGGGGCUUCCGCAACCACGGUGCGCACGAGAUCAGCCUCCUCCACCGCUUUGGUGGGGGCAAUGAUGGUGAGGGCACCAGCAGGAGACGCACCUGCUCCCCUCCGGGCACCAGGCGCUGGACCGCGGGUGCACACGACGACGGCUCAAGUGAGGACGACAGGGGCAGGCAUGUGAUGCGAGGCGGUCAUCACUCCCCGCGCGGCCGCGAGCCAUCACGUCAGGAGUUCACGGACUGGGAGCGCCGGAGCUCGCGCUCACCCACACCACGGAGCGGGCCCAGAAGCGUUGAUGCUGCUAUGGGUGGUUCGCCCAGCACCAACAACAUCCUGGCUGGCGGGCCACCUGGCGCGAACGGGGAGCUGCAGGCGGCUCAUGAUGCACCACCGCCGCCGCCACGCCACCCCGACCCAAUGUUGGAUUUCUACAAGGACACCUGUACCGGCGACAUCUGGUCCGAUUCCUUCCGGGCCUAUGGGGACUAUGACCCCAUGAUUGCAGAGGCGUGGACGGCUUGUGCGAAGGCGACAACCCGUGCCCUGACCUUCCCACCUCCAGCAUGCCCGAUCGUGCCAGAGCUGCACGAUCCAGUGUAUGCGGACUGGGAUAGGACCGUAGAGCUCAACGACGAGGCCAGUGCCCUGGGGCUUGGCAAUGUGAUUCACUUUGGCCCUGGGGUGCAGCAGAUGGUUGAUGGUGAGGUGGUCACCACGGGCAUUACGGAGCAGGUCACCGGGAUGAUACUUGAGGAGCGCAGGGACACCAUUGUGGAGAGCAUGUUCAUGCCAUGCGAACAGCCGGUACUGGACACGCCCAAGAUGAAGAAGAUGAGCAGCAAGAGGCAGGCAAAGGCAGGGGCAACGAAAUCUAUUGUUGGCGGGCUGAGGAGGAGCACCAGGCAGAUGGCGCAGGAGAGUUCGGUAUCCGUCGCCAAGAGGGCCACCCACCGUCUAAUCAAGGCCUUUGGACUCGUCGGCCCUGGCGAGCCCAUUGGCGCGGAGGCGCUGGACACGUUCGCCAAGGCUUUUGGCCAGCCACUGACACCGGACCAGGUGGCGACGGUCAGGAAGCUAACCUCUCUGGACAAUGCAGCAGCACUCCCAGCAACAGCUCAACUGGUAGCAGCAGAAGGCUCUGAGGCAAUUGGGGAGUGA